AUUUACUUUGCUUUCCAGUUGCUGAAAGAUUAAGCCCACCCACUGAUGAUGUAUGUUAUGAUACCUUCACUGGUUCUUUCUAUUCCAUUGGGGAUGAGUGGGAAAGGAUGUCUGAAACUGGAUUCAAAUUGUGGUGCCAAUGCUUAGGUCUUGGUAGUGGACAUUUCAGAUGUGAUUCCUCAAAGUGGUGUCAUGACAAUGGGAUGAACUAUAAGAUCGGUGAGAAGUGGGAUAGGCAUGGAGAGAAUGGCCAGGUGAUGAGCUGCACUUGCCUUGGAAAUGGAAAAGGAGAAUUCAAGUGUGACCCUCAUGAAGCAACUUGUUAUGACGAUGGCAAGAUGUAUCAUGUAGGAGAGCAGUGGCAGAAAGAAUAUCUUGGGGCCAUCUGCUCAUGUACUUGCUACGGAGGACAACAGGGCUGGCGUUGUGACAAUUGCCGUAGACCUGGUGCAUCUGAUGGUUCUCCUAGUCAAACCUAUUCACAGAGAGAGCAACAAAGCAUAAACACCGUAAGUGAACAUUUGCCUUCUACAGGUUCAUUUGUGGCUCUUAAAUUUUAAUCAAUACUAAGAAUAAAGUAUUUUUCUACUAAUUGGAUUUUAUGAUUCUGCAGGCACUAUGUUUGCAUAUUUUGUCCUUGGAUGAUGAGUGAAUAUCUUACUGUGUGUUUUUUUCUCACAAUUUCACCCAUUUGCCUUCUGUGAAAUGGGAAUGUUUUACUGUAUAAGAAUAAAUAUGAAAUUCUGCCUUUGG